GCGGGCUAUUCUUCACCACUCGCAUGCUUCAGUUUCAGCCACAUCGACCCCUCAUACACCAUACAGGCCUUCUCUAUCGGGCGCUCGUGGCCUUGGUACAAGCCUCACAUCUUUGCGCUUAGUAGCUUGUUUGUAGUCAUGCUACCACUAUCACAAUGGAGGCAUUUGGCACUGCAACCAGCGUAUUGAGCGUAGCAUCUCUAUUUAAUAAUUGUGUUAUUUGGUUCGAGUACAUCCAGCUCGGCCGGCAUUUCGCCCGGGAUUACGAACGAUGUCAGCUGAAACUCGACAUUGCGAAAACCCGCCUAAGUCGAUGGGGUGAGGCUGUCAAAAUCAACGAAGACCAACGAUUCGCUACCCAUGAACCCUUCGAUACAACUUGCCAACAGGUCCAAGCCAUCUUGGAAGAGAUCGAUCAGCUCUUUGGGACACUGCAAAAAUCGUCGAAGCGGUACGUGAUUGGCGCGAAACCAGAGGACCUCGAACUCUGCCAGGUCCAGGACAUGCGACCUAUGGCCCAGAAGCUACACAAUCGUCUUCAUAAAGUUGUCAGCCAGAGGCAGAAGCGAACUGGCUUUUUCAAGAAGGCUGCUUGGGCGUUGUACGAUGCCAAGAACUUUGACAAGCUCCUGGGACAAAUUACGGGGUUCAUCGAUGAUCUGGAGAAGCUAUUCCCCGCAGAACCCGCCCGUCAUACACUGGUAGAGAUGGAGAUCGAGGAGAUCAAGGAAGAUGAGCCGAGUCUACAGGCAGUGCAAGACGCCGCAAAUGAUAUCGAUCCAGCCAUGUCCGAAGUGGUUGCUGAUAGACUGAAGAUACUCGGAGGGCACAAUUCCGCGUCAGACGUUCAAGCUGAAGAGACGGCGCGAGUGCUAAUCGGCAAUGGAUGGACUGAUGCUGCGCUGGCAAAUAUUGGCGUUGGUGUAUCUGAGCCAACCCAGAACAGAGCAGAUAAAGUCAUCGCCAGAGGCUCUUCGUCAGUUAUGAUUGGGAACAACCAUGGAGGGCGUGGUUUCUGGGAUUCUCGUUAGCCUUACCCAGUUUUUAGGGAUACUUUCAUAUGCAAGGGUUAUUAGAUAGCAAAGGGGGUCGAGAUGAGUCUUCAGCGGUAAAUUUCCUAGCACAUUUAUAUAUUAGCCUUCCGAAUCAACAAUACUCUCUCUUUCCUACCUAAGUAGUUGCUAGGUGAUGUCGAGUAAACAAUCGGCAUUCCGCCAACCUAUACUACCAUUAUCAAAUGGCUUCCUCUCAAGCCUAGGCACAUUUCAAUCUUUCAACCCCAACCGACUUCACGAUAUUGAUAUGUACGAAGCAAUAUAAGCAUAGAAGGAGAGUCGGAAAAAGGACCGCAAAGGAGAAGCAAGGAGAAGGAAAAGCAAAGAUGAA